UACCAGAAAAAAAGCUAGUACCAUCCGCGCCGAGUUAUAUAAGACAGGUGGUGGAAUAAAUGAAGCACCACCUUAUACAGAAACAGAAAAGAAAGUCAAAGAAAUGAUCUUAUUAUCUGUUGAAGGGGAAGAGAGCAUAUGUGAUUCUGAUCAAAUUAUUAUUGAAGAGAAUAUAACUGAAGGAUUUGUGCCAUUGGAGCCAAAUAUAAAAGUUAUUUACAUGGAGCAGCAUAGCGAUUCAGGUGAUAAUCAUAGACAAACGGAACAAGAAAAACCUCUUUCUCCAUCAGUUCCUUCAUCAAAUUCAAUAGAAGGAGAAGCAACUGAAAAUACAUGGAGCCAAUGGAAACCUGCUUCCCUAAAAACAACAAAACAUCCUGCUUUGUGUAAGUAUUCUAUUGAUUUUUUUUCUGCGAACAUAUUUUACUCAUUUUCCAGGCCAACUAAAAGAGAAAAGGGUGUUUAAUGAAUUGGGUGAAGCCAAACUUGCCUUGGUGGAAUUGCAGAAAGAGGUAUUAGAAGAAGAAUUGAAGGAGAAGAGAAAGAAGAAUGAAAUUCUGGAAGAAAAACAGAAAAUGGAAAUCCAUGAGCUACAGAUGAAAAUGUUGCGAGAGGAAAUUCUGCACAAAACAAGUAUGCAGAAAAGCAUGAAAGAAGAGCAAAGUAAAUUGUAUGAUUUGAAAGAGAAGGCACUUUUAUUGGAGAUUGAGAAGAACAAAAAUGUAUGCUCAUGCAAUAAUAAAACCGCGAAUUAAGUGAAAUUUCAUUAACAAUUAACAAUAUAGGACCCACAUUUUCAUUGAUGUUAUUACCCAAAAAUCGUUCAAUAUUUACAAGUUGAGAAUAUUCAAUAAAGAGAUAAUAAAUAAAUAAAGAAACAAAUUCCAAUACAGUUUUUAAUGAAAAAUAUUGUGCUCCUUAUUAUUUACAAUAAUGAUGCGAAGUAUUCCGAUAUAAGCAUACUUCUUACAUCAUUUCCUGAAGCAUUUUCGAUUUCAUUAUGCUGUGGAUCCUCAAUUAUGGAUGUCGUAGCUAGAUGGCCAGGUUCAUGUCAUGAUUAGACA